AUUUAUAAAAAGACCGGAGAGACAUUUUCAUCCCGGUCGUAGACAAGCCCUCUCAACUAAAAUCCCCAAUAUCUAAUCGAACAGCCAGCGAAGACGAAGAUGCAAGCAAUUUCAAAGCGAUUAGGGCAGCAAUGCCCCAAAUCUUCCUUCUCCGUCAAAGCCCUCUAUCCAAUCUCUAAUCACUAUAAUGGUUAUGAUAAUCCGAGGUACGCGUCGUCCUUGGCGACUAAAGGCGUGGGGCAUUUAGUUCGUAAAGGGACUGGCGGAAGAUCGUCUGUUAGUGGCAUUGUUGCUACGGUGUUCGGGGCUACUGGGUUUCUUGGCCGGUAUCUUGUGCAACAACUCGCUAAAAUGGGUUCUCAGGUGCUAGUUCCUUUCCGAGGUUCUGAGGAUGAUCCUCGACACCUAAAAUUAAUGGGAGACUUGGGUCAGAUUGUUCCAAUGAAAUACAACCCGAGAGAUGAAGAUUCAAUCAAAGCAGUGAUGGCCAAAGCAAACGUUGUUAUUAAUCUUAUUGGAAGGGAUUACGGAACUAGAAAUUAUAGUUUGGAGGAAGUAAACCACCACAUGGCAGAAAGACUUGCAAUUAUCUCCAAAGAACAUGGUGGUAUUAUGAGAUUUAUACAAAUUUCAUGCUUAGGGGCAUCCUCCUCAUCUCCUUCUAGAAUCCUUAAAGCUAAAGCUGCCGCCGAGGAAGCUAUAUUACGAGAAAUACCUGAGGCCACAAUUAUGAAAUCUGCUCUGAUGAUUGGUACAGAAGAUCGGAUUCUAAAUCCAUGGGCUCAUAUGGCGAAAAAUUAUGGCUUUGUCCCACUGUUUGGGGAUGGAUCUACCAAAAUUCAACCAGUGUAUGUUUCUGACGUUGCAUCUGCCGUUGUCUCGGCCUUGAAAGAUGAUGGUACCAGCAUGGGAAAAGUUUACGAACUCGGUGGACCAGAUAUUUAUACCAUGCGUCAGCUGGCAGAGCUCAUGUAUGAGAUGAUCCGUGAAUAUCCUAAGUAUGUGAAUGUUCCAUUCUCAAUAGCCAAGGCCAUUGCAACUCCUCGAGAAAUAAUGCUGAAUAAACUUCCGUUUCCGUUGCCAUUCCCAACUUAUUUCAACUUAGAUAUGAUCAAUGCCCUUACAUCAGAUACACUUGUGUCGGAUAAUGCUUUAACUUUCAGUGAUCUUGGGCUUGUGCCACGGAAGGUGAAGGGCUAUCCUGUUGAGUAUCUGAUCCAAUACCGUAAAGGUGGGCCAAAUUAUGGUUCUACAGCCAGUGAAAGAGAAAUUUCAGAGUACAAUCCAUGAUGUCUGAUCUCAAAUGCUGGACUAUCUUUCCACAAACCUAGAAGCUUUGAAAGUUUCAGAUGGCUGUUCUUUCUUUUGAGACGCUAACAGCGAAUAAAACAAAUGGAGGAUUAUUCUUGCAUCAUGAUUGUAUAAUUUGUGAAAUGUUCAGAUCACAUGUUAAAUACCAGAGAACAGUCGUGUGAUCAUUUGGGCUGGAUCAAGCCUUGCUUAAUACAAGUGUAGAAGCUGUUUGUAUUUUUAUUAAAGCUUGAUAAUUCAUCAGCUGGCAUAUUCACUUCCUUUUUAGUUCAAGUUUUCUGCGGAGGGAAAUAAACCAAAUUUGAUUGCA